AGAUUCAAAUUUUAGAGAAAACAGUAUUUUGUGCGCAAGUGACGUGGCGUCCUCUUCAUGCGAAGAGCGAUUAAGAACUUCCGGUGUAUCGCAAACAAUAUCGUCGGCGGGCUCUAGUAGCGAAAACAUUUGUAGUUCUAGCUCCAUGAAUAAAGAGGGUCCUAAAAUUCCGAAUUCCAGACCUUCAUUUAUGAUUACCGACAUUCUAGCAUCGGAAUCCAAACGAAGAGAACCGGAAGCAUGCCAUAGUGUCUUUUCUGACCCGCGCCUGUUUCCGCUUCAUCACCGGGCAUUCUUAGAGCGCCCCAUGACGGCAUGCUCUUCCGGUUCCGACACCGGCGCCGUCGGCAACCAUCUACUCACCGACGAGAGCGACUACGACGACGUCAAAUCCGACGCCGACGACGACUCCAACAAGACGCCCGGUAAAGACAGCCCGCCGCACCUGCUGAAGCCAAAGAAGCCUCGAAAGGCUCGAACCGCCUUCACCGACCACCAGCUUAACUCACUUGAGAAAACCUUCGAGCGUCAGAAAUACUUGAGCGUACAGGAUCGCAUGGAGCUGGCCGCGAAGUUGAAUCUUACGGACACCCAGGUGAAAACCUGGUACCAAAACAGACGGACAAAAUGGAAGCGUCAGACGGCGGUGGGUCUGGAACUCCUCGCGGAGGCAGGAAACUACGCCGCCGUCCAGAGGAUGCUCCAAAGCAAUCCCUACUGGUUCACCUACCAUCCGCAGGCGGCCGGAAUCAUCUCGAACCUGGAUGCGCUCUAUUAUAGAGGUAACACCGAGACCUCGCUUAGUCAGACAAGUCCGCGGCCAACACUUCCCCGGAUGUUCAUCCACGGUCUGCAGCAGCACGUGAACCAUCUGCCAAGCCCGAGCAUGUUUGGAGAGAACAGGAACUAGGACAAACGGCAACAUUCAAAGGGACACUGAGUCUUUAUAAAGCCCGAGCAUGUUUGGAGAGAACGGGAACUAGGUCAAAAGGCAACAUUUAUAGGGACACUGAGUCUGUAUACGGUUUAGAGUUAAAAUAUACUAGACACAAUGAGAUAUCCAGUCUGCGAAAUGUUUGGAGAGUAUUAACUACUGAUACUUUAUCAGAAACACUGUCAAAUGUUUGGAGAGAACAAACAACUAGAAGUGAAGGCAAGUGGAACAUUCACAGGAAAAUUGAUUUUGUUAUCAGGUUAUAUUUUGAUCUUGAAGGAUCAAGACGUAAAUGCAAAUUCAGUCUAUGGGAUGUUUGUCGAAAAUAGGGCCUAGACGACAAUUCAUAUAGUAGAGAAUUUGUUGGAUUGCCAUUUUAAUCAAUCAGGAAAUAACACGCUAACGGCUCAAUCAAACUGUUAGGAUUCACGAGUUAAAACUCAAGAACGAAAGUUUGAAAAAUGUUUGAAGA